UCACCUAAGUCUGCCUUCAUAAGCGCAGCCAAAAAGGCCCGGCUGCGAACUAACCCGCCUAAAGUGCGCUUUUCAGAGCAAGUGUCCAUCAGCGACCCGGACUCAACAAUGCUCAAGGACGACUCCUUGCUACUCAUACCAAAUGUGUUGAAGGUGUUCCUGGAGAAUGGACAGAUUAAGUCCUUUACGUUUGACAGCCGUACCACUGUUAGGGAUGUGAUGUCCUCACUGCAGGACCGCCUCUCACUACGCUACAUAGAGCACUUUGCCUUAGUACUUGAGGCAGGUGGUCUGGAGCAGAAUCAGAGGUUGCAGCUGCUACAGGAGAACCAGCCGUUAACACAUGUGGUGCAUCGAACCUAUUUCCAAGGGAUGAAGUGUCUGUUCCGCAUCUGCUUCUUCCCCAAGGACCCUGCAGACCUGUUGAGAAGGGACCCCGCUGCAUUUGAGUACCUCUACAUACAGAAUCGCAAUGACGUUAUCAAGGAGCGUUUUGGCAUGGACUGGAAAUCUGACAUCACGUUACGUUUGGCUGCACUCCAUAUCUACAUCACUGUGUCCUCUGCAAGGCCCAAUCAGAAGAUCUCUCUCAAGCAUGUUGAAAAAGAGUGGGGACUGGAGCCUUUUCUACCCCUUACUCUGCUUCCAACAGUCAAGGAGAAGAAUGUGUGCAAGACUCUGUCUCAGUUGCUGAAGACUUACCAGCAUCCACCACCAUCAGGCAACAAGGUCCCUCCUCUCCAAGGAAAGCUGCAAUACAUGCGUGUACUGAAUGACCUCCCACCUUUUGGAGGAAUUUUAUUCCACACUGCCGGACUGGAUGAGAAACAGUCAGCCACAACCCUACUUGUGGGCCCACGACAUGGCAUUAGUCAUGUAAUUGACCUGAAAAACAACCUCACAACAGUUCUGACUGAGUUCAGUAGGGUUGCCAAGAUCCAACUCUACCGAGAGAGCCAAGGAGUGGCACGUGUGGAGGUGACAAUCCAUGAAGCCAAGCCGCUGGUCCUGUUAAUGGAGUGGCCUGAUGCCAGCAACUUUGCAUGCCUCAUCUCUGGCUACUACAAGUUGUUUGUAGACCCUAAACGGACCAUCUACUUCCGGACACCUGGUCAGUCUCAGCUGACCAAGGCAGAUUACAGAAGCUCCCACCAUGCCCACCCACGUUCUGGGGCAACCAGCUUGCCAAGUGGAAGUCGGCGAGGGGACGAGAGGGAAAGCUCGCACAGAGAGUCAGGGUCUUCAAGGGCCGUAAUUCCAGCAGAGCCUCAGCACCUAGGGCUGUGUCAUGUCCACCUUCGAGAGCAACAACAAUUUCAGGAGAUCCAACCAGACACUGAACUUGACAUCAAUGAGAACUUUAUUUCUCAGGAGCCCCCAGGUCGGCCUCGAACCAAGUCAGACCCCACCCAGCAGAGUACAGAGGAAAUAACUGGGGUUUUAGAGAGCCCAGCAGUGGAGAAUGCAGGAUUUAGAAUCCGAGCCCAAACAAUGGGUCAAUCCCAGAAAACAUCACGAUACUUCUGUGACUCCUGCAAAGCCAGGCUUAAGGCAGAGGGUCUGUCAGGAGCAGUGAACAGUAGUAGGAGCUCUGGAAAACACUGCUCCAGUGCUUGUGCCUCCCGAGAUGGAGGUGCUGUUGAUCUCAUGGCCCUUCCUCCCCCAGGUAAUGAAGAAGAGGACGAGGAGGAGGAGGUAGAUGCUGGAGAAGAUAAGUUGCAACCACCACCAUCUGCUAUUGCUGCUCCACCACCUGGAUUCAGGGACAACAGUUCAGAUGAGGAUGACCCAAAGAGAGCGAGGAAGGCUCGUACCAGUGCAAGCUCAGCCGUCACCUCUGGGAAGCUAGCCAGAGCCAAGGAAGAUGUGCCUGUGACCCUUAUCGAUAAUGUGGCCACGAGAACAGUCAGAGAUCAUGCCCAGGAGCUGGAUGAUGCUCUGGUGUCCACCUUACAAGCGCUAGAGGCUUUGGCAGCUUCUGAGGACUUCCCCCAUCACCCUCAGCAGCCAACACAGACUGCAGGGUUGAUUGUUUUAGCUGCCAUUACACCUGAAUCAUCAUUGGACUCAGGCCAUGAGACAAACUCCUCAGAAUUGACAGAUGUUUCUGAGAUGGUAUCAGCUAUGAAGCAGAACCAGAACCAGGCCUACCUGCUGGCUCACCAUAUCAACAAGGAACGUAUUCUCUGCCGUCGUGAUUUUCCUCUGGCUAUCCCUGGAUGCACUGCAAAAACUAUUGGUACUGGGGCAUUCUCUGUGGGUCAGAUUCGUGCUGGCUGUUCAACCAAGCAAGUAAUCCUCAGCAAGACUGUUCCCUUUAAAGUCAGUCCCAGCCAAGACUCAGCAAUACUCAGUGUUGUGACAGAGCAAGGGGGGAUUCAAGAUAUUACUCAAACUGAACAGAAAGCAGAAAUGAAGGCACACUCUGAGUCCACCAAAGCAAACACCCCUGAUCCCCCUUCUAAGUCACCCGAUGAACUGAAAGUGUCUGAUGCUUCACUUACAGCUCAAGUUAGUAAGAACCAGAUGCUUUCAAAUUUAUCUGGGGAGACACUCUGCCAAAAUCUUUCUGAGGGUAAAAAGGGGAAGAAAACAACACCUCUUAAUACAGAAGCUAGAAACAAAGCCUUACCAAUCCUCUUGCCUGUGGACAGAACUGCCUCUGAUAAGAUUUCCCCAUCAAAUAUGUGCCAAGAUGCCGAAACUGCCUCUAGUGAGACCAUAAAGCCUUCAAGCUCUACAGAACUUCUACCAGUUGAUGACCUUUUCUGCACAUGCCCAGUGCAACAGGAUCCAGGGCCACAACUAAGACUGAAAGACCCACAGGUUCCGAAGGUAGUAGUGUUUCAAUCAUCCUCCCAAACAGAUGAUGAACGUCUUCGGGCAAAAGGCCUCCAGGUGGGUAGCACUAAAGAAAAUGCAGUUAGAGAAGGAGCUGAUCCCAUAUUGGCAAAACCCAGCCCUCAAAUACAAACCAAGUACUCCCCUCAUCUGCCUGUUAAAGCAGUGAGAGAAAAAGCAGCUGAAAGCCAGACUGAGUGUUCCCAGGGCAAAUCCCACCAGGAGUUGAAGAAAUGUCCUAUCAUAUCGUUUCCUAUUUUAGAUGAUCCAACAACACCUAACCCAUCUGUAGAAAUGGCAUCCACUCUCCCAGCCAGAGACUCAAAGAAGCAAGGCAAUGGUAAGGGUAAGUCUCAACGCAGUGCCCCUUUCUUAAGUUUUAGAAACCUUCUUUCAGCUACAUUCCCAGCAAGGAUGCGAAAAGAAACAGAUGAGCGAAGGGCUCAAUUGCAGAAAGUCCGCCAGUAUGAGUUAGAGUUUUUAGAGGAGCUGCUGAAACCCAAAUCAUCCCAAGGAGAGUUUUUGCCCCAGGGAUCCUCACCUGUGCCCUCAGGCACUCCUUGUGCCUGCCAGCUUCGCACAAGCCCUGUCCUAAAGGCACCGGGUAUCUCCAGGGAGCAGAGACGCAGCUGUGACUGUAAGCGAAUGUGUAGGGGCAUGCGACUACCUGACACACCAGUGGGCUCAACUACAGAGACACAAAACAGAGGCAGAGAGAGAAUUAUAUCGAAAACCCCCCCGACAGUUUCCAAAGCUCCUCACACCCAAGGUGCUACUAGGAGACCUCAGACCUUAGAGAUUAAGACGACAAGAAUACGCUCUACCAGCCUUGAGUCAAGAGAGCCAAGAGGAGAGCAGGGAUCCUGCUUGCCCACCUGUACUUCUCAGACAGAAUGCAUUGGAGCUCCACAAUAUAAGAAGCUCCAGAGACGCUACAGCAUUGGAGAACUGGAAAAUAGCACCACUGCACCUGUGUAUGCUGAGGUGAAGCCCAAAGCUAAGAGUCUAGAGAAGGAGAUGGAGAGAGUGAGGGCCACAGGGCUGAGGCUCCCCACUCCAGUAGAGCCAGUCCACACUCAGUCUCACCAGGCAGAGGGGAAGGGGAAAAAAGGUGUUUAUUUUAUUCAGGGAGAAGAGCUACUCUGUGAAAGUAAAGAGGGGACCAGUGAGGUAAUGCUGACCAUGCCCAGUGAAGACAGCGAUGACAAGGAUAAAUGCUGCUCAUUUUGUUUUUGCUAUAGGAAGUGUGAGGCAGCAGAUGAAAGUAGUGAGAAGGAUGAGGUAUCAUACUCAAUACCCCUUCAGGUCCUUCCAGGCAUGGAGCUAGACUCACGUACCUUCCCUGUAGUAAGUAAAACACUGCAGGUUCUUAAUGCAGAGGACUGCAGUGGGGAAGAGGAGGAGGAGGAGGAAGAGGAGGAGCCACAAACCCAGGAGAUUGACCUAAGAGCCUGUGGUACACUAGAGGGGAGCCUGGCACGGGUACAGGCUCUACAGGGAAAAACAUUCAGCUUACCCGAUGGUUUUCUAAAUGCACAGUUGGAUGCUAAUGAGCUACUAGCUAUCCUGCGUCAGUGUGCUAACGGCCCACAAGCUGAGGGCGAGGCCCGUCUUCAGCCCUCACGAAUUGCAGAGUACAAACAAGAGCUGGCUGUGCGCUUCAAAGAAUUCAGAGCAUCUUGUCGACGUGUGGCAAGUGUUGAAAAAAGUCCAACACGUAUGCUUGCUGUUGUCUCAGCUAGCUUUCAAGUAAUGUGUGAACUAACUCAAACUUUCAUUAAAUUGGUCAGGGGGGUUCGUUCAGAAGCCCAAAGGCUGCAGCUUUUGAGAAAAGUUGAGGAAGUAGCUAUCAACUACACUUUGCUUCUGCGUGCAGCAGAAGAAUCAAUGGGACAUUCAAGCAGCUUGCCAACAAAGAAAGUGAGCCCUCAAGUUUCCUCGAACACCAAUAACAUGAGCUCCCUUACUCGACCCAUUAAAACUCUACCUGCCCAGUAAAAAUAAAUCUUGCUGGGAUGUAAUCACAACAGUCCGGUUUGGUGGCUGGCUACUCUAUCCAAAUUCAUUAUUUAUUCAUUGUUUACAUUUUUUACAAGACGUGCAAUGAAUCAUCCUCAGUAAAAAUUACAAUGCAGCUGUUCCAUCCCAUGUUUACAGGCCCUGAGGUAGCCUUGUGGAUCUUGUUUUGAAAUAUAAGGAUCAACUAACUAAUGCACAAUGGAAUAAGAACCCUAUGACUGACUGGGUGACACAGGGCUAAUCACCUCAUACUAAUAUUCACAAUACACAUACGUCAUCAAAGUAUAAUAUUUUCUAUGUAAUGUAUAUUUGAGUUGUGUCUACUUAGCAAAUAAUAAAGUUUUGUGAAUAAAAAAAGGUUAAGAAUAUAUUUGAAAUGUACUGAUUUAAGAGAACUAUUACAAAUCAUCAGAAAUAAAUGUAUGCACUGGACAAAAAUAUAUCAGAGAUCUCGUCAAGUAGCGACUUCUGUAAAAUGCGUAGUCUGAAGCGUUGGUUGGUUAGAUGGUGAUGUGUUUGUUUGUUGAAAUAUCUAACUGUUGUAAUACAAAAUGGAGAUCUCUGUUGGCUAUGUUAACAGUGUCUGGCAUACUGAUACAAGAGUACAAAUGAAAGUGACGGUCUUGGAAAAUAACCGAUGAAGACAAGUCAGUCAUACAGUAUUACACUAUACUGACUGACAUAAGCCCAUUCUCUCACUUUAACAGUGCAGGUAUGAAACACACAUGUUCAGGGCAGACAAUGUAGCAGAGACCCAAGUCACAGUCUUAUCCACUGUACAGUAAUGAGUCUUGUUAUCUCACUCAGCUGUAGAGAAGGAAUACCCACACUGUACACUGAUAAUGCACAGAGUGUAUUUUACACCUUCAGUGACCACUAGCUCACAUGCAUCCCACAUGUUGUGAAUCAUAGUUUUAAACAUAGUCAUUCACUUGCAAGUGAGUAAGCGUAUCGCUAUAGGAUUUUGCACAACCUCUGAAAUUAGCUCUGAAGUUGAAAUCUAUGUAUUUUAAUGUUGGAUACAGCAUUGUUUUAUUGACUCUGCUGCUGAAAAACUGACCUGAGUCCAUAACACCAGUUUUACAUAAUUCAUCUCCUCAAGGUUAAAGCUUAUACGUUUCAAAAGACCCUUGUUUUUAUUCAGGUUUUCAGAUACAAUAUACACAAAUUUGCUUUCUAUGUGCUGUAAUACAUUGUGCAAUCUAGCAACUAUAUAAGAAACACACAAAAGUAGUUUUCUAUGUAUUUUAAUAAAACUAACACAUCU